AUGUGCCCCGCCACUCCCUUCAGGAACGCCCCGGCCAUCGACGCCCUCUCGCCCCGCCCGGCCGACCGCCGCCGGGCCAGCGCCAGCCAGCCGGCCGAGCACGAGCCGCCGCUGGCGACCGUCGGCGACCCCGCCGACCGCUCCGACGUGCCCCUCGCCCUCCUCACCAGCGUGCUCGGCCAGCCCAGCGCCCCGCCCAUCGCCCCGCUCGCCUUCGCCCCCGCCUCGCCCGAGCAGCGCCAGAGAGACAUCGCCCGCCGCUGGGACGCCCACACCAUCGCCUACGCCCCCGCCAGGGCCUUCCCCCCCGUCAGACAUCUGCCCGGCCACGACCGCAAGCGCAUCCUCGUCACCGGAGGCGCUGGCUUCGUCGGCUCCCAUCUCGUCGAUCGGCUCAUGUUCAUGGGCCACGACGUCACCGUCCUCGACAACUUCUUCAGCGGCUCAAAGACCGCCGUCGCCCACUGGAUCGGCCAUCCCAACUUCGAGCUCGUCCGCCACGACGUCGUCGACCCGUUCAUGAUCGAGUGCGACCAGAUCUACCAUCUCGCGUGUCCCGCGAGCCCCGUGGCCUACCAAUACAACUCGAUCAAGACGAUGAAGACCAACUUCCUCGGCACGAUGAACAUGCUGGGCCUGGCCAAGCGGACCAAGGCGCGCUUCCUGCUCUCGAGCACCUCCGAGGUCUACGGCUCGCCCGAACAGCACCCCCAGAAAGAGACGUAUUGGGGGAACGUCAAUCCGAUCGGCCCGCGCGCCUGCUACGACGAAGGAAAGCGAGUCGCGGAGGCGUUGACGUACGGCUAUGCGCGCGAGAACGGGGUGUCGGUGCGGGUGGCGCGGAUCUUCAACACGUAUGGGCCGCGGAUGAGUCCGAGCGACGGGCGGCUGGUGACCAACCUGAUGAUGGCGGCGAUCCGGGGGGAGCCUCUGGAGGUGUACGGCAGCGGGCACCAGACGCGCUCGUUGAUGUAUGUGGUCGACCUGGUGGACGGGCUGGUCCGGCUGAUGAACGCGCCGUCGACCCCGGCGGUCGCCGAUGCGCCCGUCAACCUGGGCUCCGAGGACGAGCAGCCCGUGCUGGUGUGGGCCGGCCGCAUCCGCGCCAUCGUCGCCGAGCUCAAGGCCGCCCAUCCCCGCUACGCCUCCGCCGCCGCAAACCCCUCGCCCAUCGUCCACAAACCCGCCCUCCCCGACGACCCCCCCAGACGCAGACCCGACACCGCCAAGGCCCGCGCAUCCCUCGGCUGGGCGCCCUCCUGGUCCGCCGACGACGGGCUCAGAGACACCGCCAAGUUCUUCCUCGACAGCGUCCACUCCGGGUACUCCGCGUGA